AUGGCUAGAGCCAGGCGUAUCGUUGUCGACUCGAGCGACGACGACUUCCCAGAACUGCGGGACUUGGGCAGAAACAAAGCGGAGGAACGCAGGAGUAAUGGCUCAUCAGCAUCACAGACAGAAAGCCUUCCCAGCAAGAGCACGGUCAGGAGGCGCAAGCUCGGGGCAAUGAACGACAAUACGCUACUCCGUCCCAAGAUGGAUAGAGGAUCCUCGCGAACGAUCUUUGACGAUGAUGGAGAGGAAUUUGUCAGACCUCGGCGUACUGAGCUUCGGAACACCAAGUCGAGACCUGUGGUCAAAAGCGUUGAGCUCGACAACUAUUCGGACACCGACUCAAUGCAUGAGGAGACAAUCAUCGAAGACUUCCAUGACGACGAUGGGUCAGAAUUUGAAGCCAGCAGGGUAUCAGGUUCAGAUGAGAGCGAUUUCACAGCCGACGAAUUCUUACCACGGUCACCCUCAAAAUCGAAGAGAUUGGGCACAGAAGAAAGUGAAAGGAGAGGGCAUGGGCAAGCAGAGCGCAGUCCCAGUCCGAGUGCUCAACUGUUAUCGGAAGCAAUUGAGGCGCAGGAACGGGACGGUGAUAAAGCCAAGGGCAGGACAACAUCCAGGAAGGCAAACAGCAAGUCAAGAGAUACGACGCCAUCAGACCUCACGAGGCCACUCUCAAAAUUGAAUCUACAUGAGCUCAAGCCGCCGAGGUCUCAAGAACCCUCAUCAAGAAUCGAGCGACCAACGACGCCAACAUCUCCACCUCCACAGCCCAGAACAUCCGGUCUCAUGUCCCCGAGCAAAAAGAUACCACGCAUACCAGCCACGCCUCACCAUUCGACUGCGGAGACCUUCUGGAAUCAAGAGUUUAUCGACGAGUGGAACGACGAGCACUCGCCCAAGAAGCAGCUCUUCCUCCCAUCAGUUGGUGGGAGCCCAUCCAAGAAGCACAACAGCCCCAGCAAGAAGUGCCAGCCGAGCGCGGCAGCCCUGGCCAAAGCCGCGAAGAAGGCUUUCGAGCAAUCCAAGCGCGAACUUGCCGACAAAUUCCUACGAGAACUCGACACGCAAAUCACAGACGGCAAGAUCUCGGAGCUCUCGGCGCCGACGGGCGGGAUCCGCAUCGACUGGACCAACAAGCUGAACACGACGGCCGGUCGGGCCAACUGGAAGCGCGAGACGAUCAAGCGCAAGGACGGCGACUCGGGCGCCGUCACGUCGGUACGGUACAAGCACCACGCGUCGAUCGAGCUGGCGGAGAAGGUCAUCGACGACGAGAGCCGGCUGCUGAACGUGAUCGCGCACGAGUUCUGCCACCUGGCCAACUUCAUGGUCAGCGGCGUCACCACGAACCCGCACGGCCGGGAGUUCAAGGCCUGGGCCGCCAAGGUCACCGCCCGGUUCGGCGGCCGCGGCAUCGAGGUGACCACCAAGCACAGCUACGACAUCGACUUCAAGUACGUGUGGGAGUGCACGGCGUGCGCGCUCGAGUUCAAGCGGCACUCCAAGAGCAUCAACCCUGAGCGGCACCGUUGCGGCGCGUGCAAGAGCGAGCUCAAGCAGACGAAGCCUAUGCCGAGGGGAAAGCCAGGGAAGGAGUCUGAUUACCAGAAGUUCAUGAAAGAACAGAUGAAGCUGAUUAAACAGGAGAACCCCGCUAGCCCGCAGAAGGACAUCAUGAAAAUGGUCGCGACGCGGUGGUCCCAGGAGAAGGACAUGGGCUCGGGGGAUAAGAAGCCGAGCCCGUCAUCACAGUGCAGUAAUGAUAGCAGCGGCAAACCCCACAAGGUCGAGGGCGUCGCGCGGGCUAUGGAUAAGCUGACUCUGAUAGAUCUGACAUGA